AUACAGCUGAUCGAAAGACAGCGACAAAAACUAUCAAAAGUAUUUGUUUCAUUCUCAGUUGUCAGAAAAUGGUGGUUUUGAUUUAAACAUGGCGAAUAUUGCAAACCCACUACCAUAUCUUACUAAAAGAGAAUAUGGAAUUUUGCCGGACUUUAGAUCUCAUUUAUUUAAAAACCGACUUAAUGCUGCUAAAAACUUAUAUCGUCGGGAUUUGGUGUGCCAUUUUGGAUGUGUAAACGCUAUUGAAUUUUCCAAUAAUGGCGAAUUAUUGGUAUCAGGGGGAGAUGAUCGGAGGAUCAUGCUCUGGCAAUUUGGGCAGGCAAUCCUGAAUCGUGGCAAACCAGAGGCCAUGAAAGCUAUGCACCAGUCUAAUAUUUUUUGUCUUGGCAUUACAAGUGAUAGCCAGAAAAUAUAUUCAGGCGGAAAUGAUGAUAUUGUGAUAGUGCAUGACCUGGAGAGUAAAUGUCCUCUUGAAGUGCUUCAACAUCAAAGGGCUGUAUGCAGUUUAAGCAUUGAUCCAUACAAUGAGCGCGUAGUCACAACUGCUGGCAAUGAUGGCCGUCUUCUACUUUUUGACACCAGACAGUCUGUACAUGAGUCCCUUGUGAUCUCUAAGAGCAGGAAGUCUUUCCAUGGCGUAAUGUUUCACCCACAUCAAGUAGGCGUGCUGGUAUCUGCUAAUGCUCGCGAUGGUGUCGCACUCUGGGAUUUACGAUCGCCAAAACAUCCUGUACUCCGCUACGUCGGGAACAACGGAACCUGUCAGAACAGCAUGAGUGUCCGUUUCAACUCAUCCGGCACGCACAUACUAGCUUUGCGUCGUCGGCUCGCGCCUGCACUGUAUGCGGUACACUCUCCUGAACCGGUGGCAGAAUUCUACCACCAGGACUAUUACAACUCUUGCACUAUGAAAAGCUGCUGCUUUGCUGGCGAGGGUGAUCAGUUUGUGAUGUCCGGGUCUGAUGAUUUCAACCUCUAUAUGUGGAAGAUACCUGAUGUUGGUACUGAUACUAGUGGAAGUGGUUAUGAUGUAGAGCCACAUAUAGUUCUCUAUGGACACAGGUCUAUUGUAAAUCAAGUGCGGUACAAUCCGCAUUAUUGCCUCAUCGCGUCUUCCGGUGUUGAGAAAAUUAUAAAGGUGUGGUCAGCUUUGGAGUACCCAGAAAUGCGAGGUACACUGCUGGAGGAAGCGCAGGGCUCCGAUAAUCCUCGUGAAAUAUACAGUCACGAAGAUUAUGUAUCGCUCGUACAUCACAGUGGACAACAUAUAUCGCAUAACUACGCGGAGCAGUCCACAAGCGAGGACCCGCGGAUGAUGGCGUUCUUUGAUUCACUAGUGCAGCGCGAACUAGAGUGUCUUGCCGAGGAGACUGACUCACUUGACGGCUCCAGCUCUGGUGGCUCCGUGCACGACAAUGAUACUGUGGACUCGUCGGAUAGCGAUCAAAUUGUAGCCGACUUUUUACAGUUACCAACCAAACGAGCCAACCCAAACGGGAGCCGGAGUCAGCGAUGUUCAAAUAGAUUGGCCCGAUUGGUUGCAUCGCGGUUUUCAAAAAACUUGCGUUCUCAAAAAAGAGGUUCUUUAAGGUCACACGUUAAGGAGGGGGGAGCUGCUCUACAAAGUGUGACAAGGGCUAGGAGAACUCUGCACAGGCGGUCAUCGAAAGUAGCGAUGUCUCGGCGCAGCAAGCAGUCGCGCAGCGGGCUGGGCAAGUCUGGGGGUGCGUGUGCGGGCGCGGGCCCCGCUCGUCGUCGCGCCGCGCCCCGCGCGUCCCCCGGCAUCGCGCCCGCCGCCCGCGGGCCCCGCGGGCCCCGUGGGCCCCGCGCCUCCGCGCCCUCCAGCGAGCGCACCGACUCCGACGAGCCCACGCACUGUCUCUUCGGCCACUCCGGCAGGAUAAUAAGACCUAUACGCCGACGGAUGAAUUUAACAAGAAGUAGUAAGAGGAAAAACAAAGUCACUAACUAUAGAAAACCUAUGAAUUUACGAAGUAACGGCGCAACCAUAGCUCAAGACAGCAGCGAUAAUAAUAACUUUAAUACUUUCGAUAAUUUUGAAGAAAAUUUAUCUCUUCCUAGCACAAGUACAGGUUACAGGGGCCAAAGUACUUCGGCCCUAUUUCGAAUAGCGGAAGUCGACUCGGACGACGACCAGUCAGUCGACAGUCGACCUAUAUCACCUAGGAACCAAAACGGGAACCAAAGUAUACCCACAAAUCUAAUCAGUAUAAUCCCAACACCAAUAAACGGAUCUCGAGACUCGUUGGGAGAUUCCCUACGCGCCGAACCGGCGGAAUCGGAGAGCAAUAACUCCUCUCCACCGCCACCACCCGAGAACCGCCGCAUAAAUUUGAGGAGGGUCAGGCGAAACGGUAGGUUAAGUCUACACCGCUCAGACUCAAGCGAAUCGCCGCCUCCCAAAGAGCUCGCAGAUCGCGCGACUACAUCGCUCGACGAGCGGCUGUCGCCAGGCGUCAGCUAUAACAGGACAGUGGCGCGGCUAAUGAACGAGACCAAUGAGAGCGAGUUGGAAAGUAGUUGUAGUACGGAGGGCAGCGCGUGGCCGACUCCUGAGGCGACGCAGAUGCAGCAAGCCACGUGCACGGCCGCGACCCCCGACAGUGGCAUCGGUACGGCGGCUGGCAGCAGUUCCCGCGCUUCCCGACCAGCCGAUGACGUGUCCGAUGAUCCAGACUAUCAAGCUCUCAAAUUCCGACGAGUAAAAAAGGCCCGGCGCAAUUACAGGAACCAUAUGGAUUCCGACUCGAACUGAACUGAUUAUAUGUAGAUAGAUAUAUAAAUUAUGUUUGAAUGGAGUUUCCUAGUUGUUCUGCCAUGAGACUAUUCGAACGACUGUAAUCUUCUACUAUUGUUAAAAAAAUUGUUAUGAGACUUGACACUUAUAGAUGUACCCUGAACCUUAUGUGGGAUCUCUACACCGAAUGUAUGUCUUUAUACAUCGUUUUUUUUUACUAUAUAAUCGUAUUAUUAUUAAAUAGGUAAACUCCAACUAAAGGAAUUAGGUACCUUAGUUACAACUGCGUUUAUCAAUAGAAUAACCACGUGUGUAAAUAGAAAUAUUUUAAACCUAUGCCUACUACUACUUCCUUCAUAUAUAUGUACUUCAUAUGGAUGUACUUAGUCAUUAUCAUAGCAUGGUGUAACAGGUAAGUAACGUGCAAUAAUUCCAUUGAGGAUUUAACAGAAUUUGCAUUUACCAUACUAUUUUAGUAGGUGUUUUAGAUUAUAGUGUUAAAGAUUUCGUUACGGGAUAUACUAUAGUAUUAAUAUUUUAUUUAAAUCAAAAAUAUGUUUACUUAAAUUAUAAUAUAUACAUUUUUAAUAUAAUACAUGUAAUAUUUGGGAAUUUUCAACUUGACAAACGUGACUUUCUUCUAUGCUGCGUUUUAAGACAUGGAUAUUGGUAGUAAUGUAGUGCAAAACCUAUUUCAUAUAGUGUUGAAACCUCUCGUCUUGGCACUUGAUUUUUGUGUACAGAAAGCACAAAGAAUCUCGAUUUUUUUAUUUAUUUUUAUCAAUAGCAAGUAGAGAUCCAACACUGUUUAGCUUUAUGUAUAGAUAUUAUUAUUAUUCUAUCAAUAUAUGUGAUCAUUAUUAAUAAAUAGAUUAUUAUUAAAUAAAUAGAUUUAAGGUAAAUACAUCAAUGUUCCGUGGAGGGUUAGAAUGACAUGCAUUACAUUC